AUGAAAGACCGCGAUUCGGGGGACAACACCGCUCCCGGCGGCUCGACUAACUCGGGCCUGCCUUCGGAGACUUCUGACGAGAUUGACGGCUGUGUUCCCGGAGCCUCCGGGUCUCCGGUAGGGUCGUCCGACGAAACAGACGAUUUCAGGAUGGCCUCGUCCUGUCGAUCCAGCGGCAGAAUGCGUCGCCCACUGCCUGCUCUGGCACCACAGCUUGACAUGAUGUUCGUUUCCAACACCCUCUGGAUCCUGCGACGGAUCGCCGAUUCUGACCUCCUCCUCUAUGCAGGCCAGUCAACCAGCGGUUCACAGCCAACUCUGACACGGGCCAAAUGUCGCAUUGCGAAAUCGCUAAGUCAGGACGCCGCGCUCACCUCGAAAGAGACGGACGGUUUCUCCGCCCUCCGCUGCUCCUACACUGACCUUUUCAUGCUGUCAGGGUGCGGGAGGUCAAGUCGAUUGCACCUCCUUCUCACAACAUAA